CUGAGCAACAACAUAUUUUUUCACUGAGUCAGCCACGUAACAGGCAAGGAUGGACCAAGUUGAAGUAAUGAACAUCAGAGACCAAGACCAGGGCUCCAGUAACUUGUCCCCGGAAACACUCAAGAGGUUGAUCUGCCAGUCCCAGGAGGCAAAGAUACACGCCUACUGUCCAUACAGCAAAUUCAGAGUGGGGGCCGCUCUCCUGACCGUCGACAACCGUGUGUUCACAGGAUGCAACGUGGAGAAUGCCUGCUACAACUUGGGUGUGUGUGCUGAAAGGAACACUAUGUCAAAGGCGGUGUCAGAAGGUUACAGGUCUUUCAAGGCCAUCGCAGUCGCCAGUGACAUGAAUGACCAGUUCAUCUCGCCCUGUGGCGGCUGCAGGCAGUUUAUGAGAGAGGUACCGUCUCUGCUCAUCUCUGUGACAGACAAAGUAUUAAAAUUUGGAUCAAAUUGGGAUGUGUACCUGACAAAGCCGGACGGCUCGUACCAGAAGAUGACCGUGGACGAGCUGCUGCCUUUGUCCUUUGGCCCCGAUGACCUGUCCAUGAAGAAAGUGCCUGACAUUCCUACUGAGGACUGAGCCUUUAUGUUGUAGCCACACAAGUGUAAUAUUUGAAUGAUCAUGCCAUUGUGCUGCAUUUACACACAUGCUUUAAAUAUAUUCAUGUUUAUAUUUAUCAAUGUUUGUUCUACUUUUAGCUUUUUGUAAACACAUUUAAAUUCCCUCUUGGUAUACUGUAGCUACAAAAAUUAAUGAGCCUUAAUUAGUCAUUCAUUUACUUACAUUAACAUGAUGAGAGCUGUAUCAUUAUAGAUAAAACAAUAUUAGUCUGAAAAAAGCAUGAAGGGAAAUGACAAACAUCAACGCAGGACAAACUCAUCCUCAUAUUUUAAUAAAUAAACUGUUUUAAAAGGAGUUUCUUUUCAUAAUUUACACAGCAUUUUUUCUUGCAGUGGGAUAUGGAUGUAACAAGAAAAAAACAUUCUGAGUUACAGUGUAAUGAAAAUAUUUCUUCGGUCUCAAAUUAAUCAAUUACGGGAGAGGGGGGGGGG